AUGCUGGCGAAGUAUGAAGAUCCCAUCACCAGCUGCAGUAGCAAGGGGAGAAGUCAUGGCCACACAGGCUGUGGUCUAGAGUUUCUCCUGGUGCUGUGUGGUUUAGAGUUAACCCAGGCAUGUCCCCAUCACUGCAUCUGCUACGACUCUCCCAGCACGGUGAGCUGCCAGGCUCACAACUUCCAGGUGGUUCCGGAGGGAAUCCCUGCCCAGAGCGAGCGCGUCUUUCUGCAGAACAACAAGAUCCAACGACUGCUCCAGGGCCAUUUCAGCCCAACCACUGCCAUGCUUUGGCUGUACUCCAACAACAUCUCAUACAUUCAGCCCUCCACGUUUAUGGGCUUUACCCGCCUGGAAGAGCUCGAUCUGGGGGACAACCGUCACCUCCGCUCAUUGGCCUCUGACACUUUUCAGGGCCUGACUCGUCUCCAUGCCCUGCAUCUCUACCACUGUGGCCUAAUCAGUCUGCCUACUGGGUUAUUUGAGGGGCUGCACAACCUGCAGUACCUCUAUUUACAGAACAACCAGCUGGAGUUUCUUGAGGAUGACAUGUUCAUUGAUCUACUCAAUCUCAGCCACUUAUUUCUGCAUGGAAAUCGUCUGUGGAGCCUUCACCAGAACACUUUCCGCGGCCUCGGGGCACUAGAUCGCUUGCUACUCCAUCAAAACCGACUUCAGUGGGUACAUACACAGGCUUUCCAUGACCUGCGUCGCCUGACAACCCUCUACCUGUUCAACAACUCUUUACCUGAGCUGCCUGCUGAGAGCUUGGCUCAACUACCCGCACUGGAGUACUUGCGUCUCAACGACAACCCUUGGGAGUGUGACUGCAAGGCCGUUCCGCUCUGGGAUUGGCUGCGGCGCUUCCGUGGCUCCACAUCUGCAUUAAUAUGCGUGGCUCCACCAGAACUGGCCGGAAAGGAUCUAAAGCGGUUCACGAAAGAGGAACUACCUUCUUGUACGGGCUCAGAGUCCCUCCAUCAGAGCAAAUCCAGCAACCAAGGGGACAUAGGGGUGUCACCAAAGAAAGAACAUAAUCGCCAAUCACACAAUCAUCAUCAUCCUCACCUUCCACAUCAAGAUCAAUACUAUACCACCUCCCCAUCUCCUCUUCCUCGGCCACCCAAAUCUGGCCGACACAGAAACUGCACAAGGCAUCGUGGACGCAAGGGUAAUGGUCAGAAUGAGGUGUAUAACCUCAAGGAGUUAGCCAAUAAGGAGUCUGAUGAAAAAUAUGACCCAUCAAAGCCAAAACUAAAGAACAAGUGCAUCCCACAGACUUCAGUGGGGCCCCCUAGUGGUGUGCAAAGGGCAAACAGCAAGGCGGUGUCCCUCUUGGCACCUCGUUACAUCAUCCCUGUUUGCUUAUUGGUGUCUCUCACUGCCCUUAUUUUCCGCUGAGCCCAUGGAAGUCUCUAUUAAUGGUUUUACCAUAAAGUCAGCCCUCUGUCUACUCUGGCUCCUAACACUUUAGUGUGUGAGUGUGUGAAUAUGUGCAUAUGUGUGUAUGUGUGUACAUGUGAAUAAAUGUGUGUAGUACCUUGACGAGCCCAUGUUGAGGAACAGAGGACUUGGAUGAACUUGCCGCCCUGGAGUAAAACAAGAGGUUAAAACAAACUCUUGGGUUUGAGGACUCAAGAAAGAGAAAAGACACCAAAUGGAAUCCUCAAUAGUAUCCCUCCAUUUUUACAUCUGUCUCAAAAGUGUGGGCCCUGUCUCUUUAUUUCCUGUUGCUCCUGACAGAUUAACUUGAUCUAUAACCAGGGAAUAAUAUAACAAUAACAGAUGAAGAUCAUCUUAUUUGUUCAGUGCAUUCAAUUUUCAUUACACCUCUGCAGGAUCAUUAGCUGCCCACUGUGGUCAAAAUCAGCACCAUUAAAACCUUAAUGUCCCUGCCCUACCAUUUGACCUGUACACAGGCUAUGGCCCAGGCCAAAGUGUGAGCCAAAUACAUAAACCAACCAAUACGGCUGAUGUACACAUGCGAGCUGCUGGGUUAAUAUGUUUCUCAACAGUUUCUGAGGGAGGGUUGAUAACACAUUGAGUAUGUGACAAAAUAAAAAGCUAAGCACUCAAGAGAGGAAUGGUGUUUUAUUGUUAUAAGCGGGGGGCGCAUUAACCCACAGGUGAAAUCUAGAUGCAACAGUGAAAGCCAUCCGUGUAGAGCCUUUCCCCCCACAACC